AUGGGCUCUAAGUACCCACGGUCCCUCCGAUGCUGCCUGCCCCUGUGGGCCUUUGUGCUGCAGGCGGCUUUCAUUAUUCUCUUCCUUUUCAUCUCCUAUGACACCCCCCGAGUGGAUCAGAAGUUAAUGGAGACCUAUCAAGUCUUCCAGGAUUUGACCCUUAUGGCAGCCUUGGGCUUCGGCUUCCUUUCCUCAUCUUUCCGGAGACACAGCUGGAGCAGUGUGGCCUUUAACCUCUUCAUCUUGGCCCUCGGGGUACAGGGGUCGAUCUUGCUGGAGCGCUUCCUGAGCUGGCCUUUCCUACAGGAUGUGGCCAUCAAUCUAUUCAGCAUCCGGACGGCUACCAUGAGCACAAUACCUGUGCUCAUCUCAGCGGGCGCUGUCCUUGGAAAGGCCAACUUGGUGCAGCUGGCUGUGAUGGUGCUGAUGGAAGCUGCAGCCUUCAGAGCCGUCAGGCUUGUUGACAAGAAGGUCUUCCACAUGGAAGACCACAUAAUCGCCAUGCACGGGCAUGUAUUUGGGGCCUAUUUCGGACUGCUUGUGGCCUGGUGCCUCUCCAGGUCCCUGCCCAGGGGAGUGGGCGAGAAAGCCCAGACAGAGAAGGCUCAGAUGGCCACAAGCUCCAGUCUGUUUGCCAUGCUGGGCACCCUCCUCUUGUGGAUCUUCUGGCCCAGUUUCAACUCUGCUCUGCUGGAAUAUCCAAAUGAGAAGAAGACCGCUGUGCUCAACACCUACUAUGCCCUUGCCGUCAGCGCAGUGACAGCCACCUCCAUGUCAGCCCUGAGCCACCCCCAGGGGAAGAUCAACAUGGUUCACAUUCACAAUGCAGUGCUGGCAGGAGGCGUGGCUGUGGGUGCCCCAUGUUUCCUGAUCACUUCUCCCUGGAUUGCCAUGGUGCUGGGCCUCACAGCAGGGUUGAUCUCCAUUGGGGGAGCCAAGUGCCUGCCGUUCCCUCACUUGGCUGUUGGAUUUUAA